AUGAACAAGAUCGAUUUUGGCAGAAGAAUAGUGAAAUUCGAUGUGCCGGAUCACACUGUGGAGUUGGUGGAGGAUGAAUUGGACAGCUUCAAGAAUCUGCUCAUGAAACCGGGUUUUUUUUUUUCAUUACUUCAAGUUAUUUGGUGUUUUUUUUUAAAGGUUGACGUUGCGGUAACCGAUUCGCUGAAUCCAGAAUCACGUGGUGGAUUCUACUUUAAGAAUGGAUUUGAACUGCUUCUACCACUGCGAGCCGUUGCAAAAGAUGCCACCGAGUUACCCAAAAUUGGCAACGUAGUUAAUAUCAAUACGACUCACAGAUUUUUGAGGAAAACCGAAUCGAUUGAUACGACAACAGAUGAAGGAAAAAGCAUUUACGAUGGAUAUUUUUUAUCAGACGCUGCACGACGCUUCCUUGUCCGACGAGAGUUGCACAGAGCUAACAGCCGCCGUUUUAUCAUCGUACCAGCAUUCGCAUGGCUUUUGAUGUCGAGCGCAGUUGUUUUAACAUUUGUGGUUUUAUUGCGCUACGGGCGUCUUCUCUCAUACAGUUCUGUGUUGUUCACAACACCAAUGGCAAUAGUUAGCUUCAGGGAUGCGAUGAGAAGAUUUGUUUCGUAUGGUGAAAUGAUGCUCGAUCACGACACCUGUGCAGAGUCGCCGAACUACGUGGAAGGUGCACUUCAAUAUUUAAAAUCAUCUGCGGCGACAAACGUACGGUUGCGUAAAAUACUGGGCGAUUCGAAAUCAGAGUACAUCGCUGCGAAUGGUGACCGCAUUGGUGAUGCAUGGCCAUAUUCAAAGCGGUUAAAAUCAAUUCAGAAAUUUGCAGCUGAGGAAUUUCAGAAACAAAAGUGA